GCUAAGGACAAUGUAGGGGAAUUCUCCUGCGGAGCGCACAAGACCGGAGCCGAUUUGAAGGACUUUGCUGCCUCCCUCCUACCCACCCCAGGUCACAGGGAGGUCCGGGGUCUCCUGGUCACGUGAACUGUCAAAGGUGGUCGGGAUGGGGAGCGCUGCUCUGAGGCUUGUGCCGGUAGCUGCUGGUCUAACAGCCUCUGGGUGCCUCAUCUAUGGGGUGAGCCCCUGGGACCCCAGUGACUUUGGGGUUGUGCGGAUUGGACGAGCUGUGGUGACGACAGCAGCCGUGACCUGUGAUUACCUGGUGACGCUGCGCAAUGUGCCACCGGCUACUCCGGAAUAUGAUGCCAUAAAGUCUCAGGUGCAUGCCCGCUCCGCCCGCCGCCUGCUGGACCUGUGCUGUGCCAAUCGGGGCACAUACAUUAAGGUAGGGCAACACCUGGGAGCUCUGGAGUACCUUCUGCCCCCCGAAUUCACCCGCACCCUGAGCGUCCUGCACAGCCGCGCCCCCUCCACACCACUGCCGGAGGUGCUGAGCGUCAUCCAGGAGGAGCUAGGGAAGGAGACCUCGGAGCUGUUUGUGCAGUUUGAUGAGACUCCCCUGGGUGCAGCUUCAUUGGCGCAAGUCCAUCGAGCGGUUCUCCGAGAUGGUCGGAUGGUGGCUGUGAAGGUCCAGCACCCCAAAGUGAGAAAUCAGAGCUCCCGGGACAUGAUGAUCAUGGAGCUUCUUCUCCAGGUGGUGAAGAAAGUCUUCCCACAGUUUGAGUUCAUGUGGCUGGUGGAAGAGGCCAAGAAGAACCUUCCCCGGGAGCUGGACUUCUUGAACGAGGGCCGCAAUGCUGAGAAGAUGGCAGAUAUGGUCCGCAAGUUCCCCUUCCUGAAGAUUCCUAAAAUCCACUGGGACGUGAGCACAGAACGGGUGCUGGUGAUGGAGUACGUGGAGGGUGGACAGGUCAAUGACCGCAACUACAUGAAGAGAAACAACAUAGAUGUGAAUCAGGUUUCCCGGGCUCUGGGGAUGCUGUACAGUGAAAUGAUUUUUGUCCAUGGAUUUGUACAUUGUGACCCCCAUCCUGGAAAUGUUCUGGUCCGACAGAUAGAAGGCAGCAGAGGCCCAGAAAUCAUUCUGCUGGAUCAUGGACUGUACCAGGAACUGACUGACAACUUUCGUCUGAACUACUGUCACCUGUGGGAGGCGCUCAUCGCUGCUGACAUGGACGGGGUGCGCAGAUACAGCCAGCGGUUGGGGGUAGGAGAUCUAUACCCCCUGUUUGCCUGUAUGCUGACCGCACGCUCCUGGAAUUCCGUAAACCGCGGCAUCACUCGAGGUCCUGUCAGUGCAAAGGAGGCGCAGGAGAUACGCAGUAAUGCCGCUGCGUACCUUCCUCAGAUCAGCCAGCUCCUCGCCAGUGUCCCGCGUCAGAUGCUUUUGCUGCUGAAAACCAACGACCUCCUGCAUGGGAUAGGGACCGCUCUUCACACCAGUGCGAGUGCUAGCUCAUUCCUCAGCAUGUCUCGCUGCUGUGUCCGGGCAGUUGCCAGACAUCGCAGGAAGACAGCCUCCUCCUUGUGGUCCUACGCUCACAUCUCCAUCUCAGAGUCGCUGCGGCUGGGACAGCUGCAGCUCUAUGAGCUUUUCCUUUGGGCACAGUCCUCCUCGUUGGGCCGUUGGCUGACUGGACUACUGGACUGGAUAUCACACUCUCUAUAUUGACUCUUCUUUUGGCGCUAAGUGACCACAACCUGCAGUAAAUACCCCCUCCUAGGGA